ACAUCGUUUAGUAUCUUUCGAUUUUACAUUCUACUUCAGUUGGGAGUUGAAAUAGUGGCUGAUAAGCUUACAAAACUUACAAGUGGGAAUAGGCCUACAAGGAUUAGGUGUCUGUGACGGUUUUAAUUUUAUAAUGGAGGUGGAAAUUGUGAAGAUUGGAUCCAACAAAACUUUAACAACUUUGAGAGAUUUGUCACCUACAGCUACAAUUCAAGAUGUAAAAAAAAGAAUUUAUAAAACAAGUACUAAAUUGUAUCCAGAACGACAAGCUCUACGAGUGGAUCCAAAAGGAAAGUCUCUCCCCGAUGAAACAACAUUAGAAACCUUGUCAUUGAAAGAUGAGAAGGUUCUUUUUCUGAAGGACCUUGGUCCUCAGAUUGGCUGGAAAACUGUAUUUCUUUGGGAGUAUACCGGUCCUUUAGUUCUUUACUUAGUCACAUAUUUGAGGCCAGCCUUGCUGUAUGGGGUGGAAGCAGCAAGUGUGCCCAAACACACUGUUGUUCAUUUAGCAGCUAUGUGCUGGUCUAUUCACUACUGUAAACGGAUCAUAGAAACACUUUUUGUUCAUCGAUUUUCACAUGGGACUAUGCCUAUCAAGAACCUCUUUAAGAACUGCUCAUAUUACUGGCUGUUUGGACUUUACAUUGGGUAUUACAUCAAUCAUCCAUUAUAUAUGCCCCCUAUGUUUGGAGACCUUCAGAUGUAUCUUGGACUUGCUGGUUUUAUUAAAAAUGAGCUUGGAAACCUCAGUAUUCAUCUUGCACUAAAAAACUUGAGGCCACCUGGCACCAAGGUUAGGAAGGUUCCUGUUCCCACGUCAAACCCUUUCACUCAUCUGUUUAAUUUUGUCUCGUGCCCAAACUACACGUACGAGGUGAUGUCUUGGGUGUGUUUCACAAUCAUGACCCAGUGCUUACCAGGUAUGUAGGAACAGUUGUGGCCA